AGUUGAGGAGGCGCGGCCGCUCCCACCUCACUGACAGCGGGGACAGACGACCUGACGGACCGAGAGUCACUCAGGGUGAAAAGCCAGCCUGCAGUAUUAAAAAAAAAAAAAAACCCAGCGCUAACGAUAAGCUGAUUAAACAACAUAUUCUGAAUUUAACGGAGGAACCAUGUCCAAGGGACCAGCAGUCGGCAUUGAUCUGGGCACUACCUACUCCUGCGUAGGAGUGUUUCAACAUGGCAAAGUUGAAAUCAUUGCCAAUGACCAAGGAAACAGGACCACGCCCAGUUAUGUUGCCUUCACUGACACAGAGAGGCUGAUUGGGGAUGCAGCCAAGAAUCAGGUGGCUCUGAACCCCAACAACACAGUAUUCGAUGCAAAGCGCCUCAUUGGACGUCGGUUCGAUGAUAGCGUUGUCCAGUCGGACAUGAAACACUGGCCAUUUACAGUCAUUAAUGAUGCUUCACGCCCCAAAGUUAAAGUGGAGUACAAGGGCGAGACCAAGACCUUCUACCCAGAGGAGAUCUCCUCCAUGGUGCUAAUCAAAAUGAAGGAGAUUGCAGAGGCGUACCUUGGGAAGACUGUAACAAAUGCUGUAGUGACUGUGCCUGCCUACUUCAAUGACUCUCAGCGCCAGGCCACCAAAGAUGCAGGGACCAUUUCUGGGCUGAAUGUCCUUCGUAUCAUCAAUGAACCGACUGCUGCUGCUAUUGCCUAUGGUCUGGACAAAAAGGUUGGAUCUGAAAGAAACGUCCUCAUCUUUGACCUUGGCGGUGGCACGUUUGACGUCUCCAUCUUGACUAUUGAAGAUGGCAUCUUUGAGGUCAAGUCCACAGCAGGCGACACACACUUGGGUGGAGAAGACUUCGAUAACCGCAUGGUCAACCACUUCAUCUCCGAGUUCAAACGCAAGUACAAGAAAGACAUCAGCGACAACAAGAGGGCUGUGCGUCGCUUGCGCACAGCGUGUGAGAGGGCCAAGCGCACUUUGUCAUCCAGCACCCAGGCCAGCAUCGAAAUCGAUUCUCUGUACGAGGGAAUCGAUUUCUACACCUCAAUCACAAGGGCCCGCUUUGAGGAGCUGAAUGCAGACUUAUUCCGAGGAACCCUGGAGCCUGUGGAGAAGGCCCUCCGUGACGCCAAGAUGGACAAGGCUCAAAUCAAUGACAUUGUCUUGGUGGGAGGUUCCACUCGUAUUCCGAAGAUCCAGAAGCUCCUUCAGGACUUUUUCAAUGGGAAAGACCUCAAUAAGAGCAUUAACCCUGAUGAAGCAGUGGCCUAUGGUGCAGCUGUGCAGGCAGCCAUCCUGUCAGGCGACAAAUCGGAGAAUGUGCAGGACCUGCUGCUGCUGGAUGUGACCCCCCUGUCUCUGGGCAUCGAGACUGCUGGAGGAGUCAUGACUGUUCUCAUCAAGAGGAACACCACCAUCCCCACGAAGCAGACCCAGACUUUUACCACUUACUCAGACAAUCAGCCUGGUGUUCUCAUUCAGGUGUUUGAGGGUGAAAGGGCCAUGACCAAAGACAACAACCUUCUGGGGAAAUUUGAGCUGGUUGGGAUUCCCCCUGCCCCCCGCGGGGUUCCUCAGAUUGAGGUGACCUUUGAUAUCGACGCUAAUGGCAUCAUGAAUGUGUCUGCAGUCGACAAGAGCACUGGGAAGGAGAACAAGAUCACAAUCACCAACGACAAAGGUCGCUUGAGCAAGGAGGAAAUUGAGCGUAUGGUCCAGGAAGCGGACAAGUACAAGGCUGAGGAUGAUGUGCAGAGAGAGAAGGUGACUGCCAAGAACGGCCUAGAGUCUUACGCCUUCAAUAUGAAGUCCACUGUGGAAGAUGAGAAGCUGAAGGGCAAGAUCAGCGACGAGGACAAACAGAAGAUUACGGACAAGUGUAACGAGGUCAUCAGCUGGCUGGAUAAAAACCAGUCUGCAGAAAAAGAUGAGUUUGAACAUCAGCAGAAGGAGUUGGAGAAGGUGUGUAACCCCAUCAUGACCAAGCUGUACCAGAGUGCUGGGGGAGUGCCCGGUGGGAUGCCAGGUGGAAUGCCAGGGGGCUUCCCCGGAGCUGGUGGGGCUCCUGGAGGAGGAGCGUCCUCCGGCCCCACCAUCGAGGAGGUCGACUAAACUAGAGCAGACUUGCAUGAGCUUGUUAUCUUUUGAGGUUGGUGUGAGGGGUGAUCACAGUCAUAAUAUCACAGUUAUCAAAAUGGUUAUA